AUGAAAAAAAUUAAUAAGAAAAAUUGCACUAAUAAUGAUGAGAAGAAUCUUUUAAUAUAUGACAAGUCUAGUAAAAUAGGAUGCAUAUAUUUUAUUGGUAUGAGUACAAAUAUGUAUCGAGGGAAAAUUAUUGUUAAGAAAAAUUCUAUUAGUGAAAAGAUUAUUAGAUAUACUAAUUUGAAUGAUCAUUUAUUAUUAAUAAAGAAUGGCGAUUUUAAUUUUAAACAAACAGCAAUAUUAAUUAAAGGUAUAACGGCAUUAUUACAUAGACAACUUGAAGUAUUAUUAAUUGAUUUUUAUUCUAUGUAUAAAAAAUUAUUAUAUAGUAAUUUGAAUAUAAAUAAGAAUAAUAUAAAUGGUAUGAUGAGAAAAUUAAGAAGAAAUAAAAAAUUUAAAAUAAAAAAAAACAUUUUAUCGUUACACGAUGUAGAUUAUGAAAAUAAUGAUAGGAAAGAUUUAUUUAUGAAAAGUGGUGGAAAUUAUUUAUAUAAAAAUAAGAAUAUAGCUAAUAUAAAUGAUAUAUUAUUAAAAGAAAGUAAUGAAUUACAUUUAAACGAUUAUAAUUUUGGAAAUGAUGAUUUCCUUAAUGAAGAAAAUAUGAUAUAUAAAGAUAUGCUUACAAACUCAUCAUCUUUUCAAUAUUCUAAAGUUAAUAAUUUUUAUACAGUUAAUAUGGAUAUGAAUAAUUUUAAUACCAACGCUUUUACACAAGAUAUAAAAACACAAAAUAAUAUAAAUCAUACAUUAAUUUUUAAUGAAAAAAAACAAAAAAAUAAUAUACAUAAUAUAAAAAUAAAUAAUAUUUCUAGUGCUAGUUUGUUUACUAGUAAAGAUAUUAGUCUUAAAGAAAAUGAUUUUUCAUAUAGUGGUAUGAUGAAUAGUAUUAUCUUUUUCAAUAAUGAUAUUAAUAUUAAAAAUAAUAUAAAUGAAAAAUAUAAAAAUGUAAACCAUGAACUUGAAGAAAAUAACUACCCAAAAAAAAAAAUUAUAAAUAAUAAUGGUAUAAAUAAUAAUGGUAUGAAUAAUAAUGGUAUGAAUAAUAACAGUAUGAAUAAUAAUUGUAGCAAUAAUAAUAAUGGUAAAAAGAGGAUACAUUCAGAAAUAGAUGAAGAAAUUAUUUUAAAAGAUAAUGUAUGGCAUGAUUUAUAUAAAAAAAAUAAAAAAUAUAAAAUGUCUUCUAUAAACUAUGUUGAUUACAAUUUUAAACAAAUUGAUUAUUUUUGUCUUUCUUUUUUAAAUAAAGAAAAACAAAAUAAAAAAUAUAAUACAUAUAAUACUAUACCUUUUGUUAAUUUUUAUAAACAAACCAAAAAUUAUAUAUCAUUAGACUCUAGGAAAGAUUUAUAUAACUUAUUAGAUAUAAACGUUCUACAAAAUCAAAAAAGUAAUAUGCAACCUAAUAAUCUGAAACUUAUUCAUACCAAAUCAUCAUUAUCAUCUUCAUUAAAAGGAAAAACAAGUAAAGAUGAUUUAAACUUUGAACAACUAAGACAACAUUUUAAUGAAAAUCAUUUCUUAGAUAUUCAUUUAGGAAAUAAUAAUAAUCAAAACAUAAAAAAAAGAAAAUAUACAAAAAAUGAUUCUUUAAUAGAUAAUUCAUAUGAUAUGAAUUAUGAUUUUGAUCAAAUGAGUGAUUUAAACAAUAAAAUAUAUGAUGAUGAAUCAAUUCAUUUUGAUAAUAAUAAUAAUAAUAAUAAUAAUAGGGGACAAAAUAAAUUAUCAUUUCAAUAUUAUAAUAAUAAUAUCACAUUAAGUGAUAACUUUAAAGAAACACUUAGUGUUCCAUCAAGUAAGUUAGUUAAUAGAAGAUCAUGUACAUCUUCACAAAAUACUUAUGAUGAAGAAUUACAAAAAUUAAAAAAAUAUAUUUCCAAACUUACUAUAUACAAUCAUAAUAUUAUAGAAUUUGAUAAUAUAUUUCCUUCAAAAAAAAUAUCAGAUAAAAAUAUUUCCCUCAUCUUUUAUAAUUUACUCGUACUUGCAUCAAAUGAUGAAUUAGAUUUAAUUCAAAACUUUCCAAAUAAUAAAAUUCUUAUACAAGUAUAUUAA